AUGGAUAUCGUCCUCCACCUCGCGGACGAGUAUGUGCUCGACAAGGCCUGGGCUGCGCUUCUUCCCAUGUCCGCCUUCACCGCGAAUGCGACCGGCCUAUACAAUGCCACUUCUCACGUCGCGCCAGUUGCCGCCUCCCAACCCUCGGCGUGGUCCCAGCUCAUCUCUUACAUCCCCCACCCCGUCCCCGAGCAAACUCUCGCCUCCCCUUUGCACACUGUCGGGCAGCUCGCGUCCGCGUGGCCCCGCGACUAUCUCCCCCGUCAAGUCAUCUCCCUGUUCAUCCUCACAUUCGCGGGCAUCCAUGUCCUGUACUUUCUCUUCGCCACCUUGUCCUACUACUUCAUCUUCAACCAUGAUAUGAUGAAGCACCCUCGCUUCCUCAAAAACCAGGUCAAGCUCGAGAUCCAGUGCAGUUUGAGGGCAUUCCCCUUGAUGAUUCUAUACACCCUCCCCUGGUUUCUCGGCGAGGUUCGUGGCCACUCGCGACUGUACGACAACGUAGGGGACUUUGGAUGGGGAUAUUUGGUGUUCUCGUCGUUCUUCUUCCUCGUCUUCACGGACUACCUCAUCUACUGGAUUCACCGCUGGGAGCACCUCCCUAUCUUCUACAAGUGGCUCCACAAGCCUCACCACAAGUGGCUGAUUCCUACACCGUUUGCAUCACACGCGUUCCACCCCCUCGACGGCUACGUGCAAUCUCUACCUUACCACAUGUUCAUCUAUCUCUUCCCCAUCCAGCGUACCCUGUACCUGUGUCUCUUCGUGUUUGUCAACUUCUGGUCCAUUUUCAUCCACGACUCCGACAUGAUCACCGGGCAUCCGCUGGAGAAGAUCAUUAACGGCCCGGCGCACCAUACUCUGCACCAUCUGUACUUCACGGUCAAUUACGGCCAGUACUUCACGUGGGCAGAUCGCAUGGGCAACUCAUACCGGCAGCCGGAGGCCGCGCUUGACCCUAUGCUCGACAUCAAAGCCGCUGAGGCAAAAAAGCAAAAGGCUGCGCUUGGGAAGGAGCAAUGA